AUGACAAAACCCUCAUUUAAAGAGCAAAUGAAAGGGUUUCCGAUUUGGCAAAUCUUUGUCCUUGGAGUGGUCAGAUUUGCCGAACCUAUCACCUUCACAUCUAUGUUUCCCUAUGUGUUUUUCAUGGUCCGAGAUUUUCAUAUCGCUCCCGAUGAAGCCCAUAUAUCAAAGUACUGCGGCUAUCUUUCAGCAUCAUUUGCCUUUUUCCAGUUUCUGUGCUCCAUUCAUUUAGGCAGGCUGGCUGAUGUUAUUGGAAGAAAAAAAGUCCUGAUGAUAGGAAUUCUAGGUACAACUUUCUCUAUUCUUGUAUUUGGCUUUUCUACUUCAUUCUGGAUGGCACUUUUUGCUAGAAGUUUUAUGGGUGCAGUUAAUGGAAACGUUGCUGUGAUAAGAACUGUUCUUGGGGAAGUGGCUACUAAUCCAUAUCAUGCUCCUCUGGCAUUCAGCACACUUCCUCUUCUUUGGCAACUAGGAUGUGUCAUUGGGCCUAUGAGUGGACAUCUUGUAAAAAUAUCGGCUGAAGAGUAUACGAGAUCGACCUACUCUUACCGUUUAGUAUCCCUGGUGGUUCAAAAAUCAUUCCUUGACUCUUUGGUCAAAAAGUAUCCCUAUUGUCUCCCCAAUUUAGUUGUUAGUGUCUUCCUAUUAUUUUCACUGGUAUUUGGUGCUCUUUUCUUAGAAGAAACUCAUCAUACCCUAAAAGACCAACGAGAUUAUCUCUUAGAUAUUGGUGAUUCCAUAAGGAACUUUUUGGGUUUCGAUGUUCCUCAAAGACCUUGGAGAAUGCCAUUCAAGAGAGGUGGCUCGUUAAUGGCAGUUCCAUCUGAAGCAGAUCCAUUAUUGGGAUCCACAAGUAACGAAGAAGAGAUCGAAGGUUAUCAUGUCAGCGAGGAUGAUUUAGACGAUGAUGAUGAUGAUCUUGACGACGAGACGACUACAGUUGGAAAGCUAUACAGAACUACUUCAGCCAACAUUAUGAGAACCUUUUCGAAUCACUCUGUAGAUGUUAGUGCAGAAAUGAGAAGAAACCAUGAAUCAGGCUAUCCAUGGCAUGUACUAUUAGAGGGUAAGACCUUCAAUGCUAUUACUCAGAAUUUCAUAUUGUGUUUCACUGCUGUCGUGUUCGACGAAUUUCUUCCUGUGUUUCUGGCUUAUGAUGUUGCCAGAGAUGAGGAUGGUAAUUUAGCUUCCAAGUUUCCAUUUCUGAUUGCUGGAGGAAUGGGACUGAAUACCCCAGAAAUCGGUACGUUACUCUCCACCACGGGUGUCGCUGGUGUGUUGGUGGUUGUUUUCAUUUAUCCGUGGGUUGACAUUACUUUCAAUAGAAUCAAAGCCCUGCAGUGUUGUUUGAUACUGACUGCAGUUUCAUAUUUUGCCGUGCCAUAUCUGGUGUUCACAAUACCUCCUAAUUUGCCCCAAGCUAUAAGCACAACACUAUUGUACUCAACAAAUAUUCUCAAGACUUUGGCAAGUUCUCUGGCCUUCCCACAGGUCAUUCUUUUAAUUCACAGAGCUUCACCCAGAGAACAUAGUGCUUUUGUGAAUGGAACUACUUUGUCAUUAACAGCGCUAGCCAGAGCCCUGGGCCCGUUUAUUUGGGGUUAUGUGGUAUCGAUCUCUGUCAAUCAUGAAAUAGUCUGGCUGAGUUGGGUGUUGCUGGCUGCAGUAGCUUUUGUUGGGUUUUACCUGAGUCAUUCUUUAAAAGGACUUCAAUAG